AUGGGGGAUAAUUAUUUUAUGGAUAGUACACAUUAUAAUGAUCAAAUACAUGAAGAGGAAGGAAAUAAUACCCUUGAAAAAUAUGAUGAAAACUUAAACCAUAAAAAUGAUAUAUUUAUACAAAACAAAGUAGGCAGACUAAUAUCAGAAAAAUAUUUAUCAGACUUUAUAAAUGAGGAUAUAUUUUUUAUAGGCGAAAUUAUAAAUCAGCAUGAGGAUAUAAUUACCUUAAAAUCAGUUAAUGGGAAUUGUGUUGAGUGCAUAAUUAAAGACUCCAAUUUCCAGACACAAUCAAAAUAUAUUGGAAUAAAAGGAAUCGUUUCAAAUAAUUUAAAAGUCCUUGAAACACGAGGUAUUGUAUUUUUAGACGAUGUUAAUUUUGAAAUAGUAAAUGACUAUAUUGAUAUUAGCAUAAAAAAUGCAAACUCAGAUGUUUUUUUAUGUUCUUAUUAA